AUGUCCGUGGUCUCGCUGCUUGGGGUCAAAGUCCUUAACAACCCUGCCCCAUUCACGGCACCGUAUGAAUUCGAGAUCACAUUUGAAUGCCUCGAGCAGUUACGGGAAGACCUCGAAUGGAAACUGACCUACGUUGGAUCCGCUACAUCGGCCGAGCAUGACCAAGAGCUCGACUCCCUACUUGUCGGUCCUAUCCCGAUCGGCGUGAAUAAGUUCAUCUUUGAGGCCGACCCACCCAAUAUUUCCCGUCUCCCACCUUCGGAAAUCAUUGGAGUGACGGUGAUUCUCUUGACCUGCUCUUAUGACGGGCGAGAGUUUGUACGAGUUGGGUACUACGUCAACAACGAGUAUGACAGCGAGGAGUUGAAUGCUGAGCCACCGGCGAAGCCCAUCUUCGAACGGAUCAGACGGAAUGUCCUUGCAGAGAAGCCUAGAGUGACAAGAUUCGCCAUCAAGUGGGACUCGGAGGAAUCUGCUCCAGCCGAAUACCCACCUGAACAACCAGAAGCCGAUACCUUGGAUGAUGACGGCGCGGCAUAUGGCGCAGAAGAGGCAGAGUUGCAGGCUGCCUUAGAGAAGGAAUUAGAGGAGGUGGAGACUGCGACCCAGAAAGCACCAAAUGGCGACCAAGAAAUGACUGAGGAAGUCAGUAAGCCCAAAGAUGAAGAGGACGACGCCAGUGACGUCGGCAGCGAGGAUCUAGAAGAAGAGAGUAGUGAGAGUGAGGACGAUGAGGAAGAGGAUGAGGGUGCUGAUGGCGAGGAUGCUGAGAUGGUCGAUGGCGAUGAAAAACCCGCUGCGUCAGCAGGCACCAACGGCGAACAGAAGGCGACGGAGCCACAGCCAGAGGUCAUGGUCCACUAG